GAGACCGGUUUAAUUCUAACGGAUGUCGAAUGCUGAGUUUUGAAAGCGCGCUGGAAUGCUUCGAGUGUUCCGCGCCUCGCUCCUCGGUCGGUUGUGUUGUGUUUCAGACUCGCUGGUCUCGUUGGCGCGUCUCUGAUCCGCGUUGUGUUUAAACCGUCGUCAGUCACGUAGCGCCGGUUUCGGUGCAGAUUCGCCGCUAUGAACCGGCUGGUCGGGACUGGCUCAUAAUCUAGGGCGAGGUAGCUCGACGUGUCAGUCUGUCUUUAUACUUAAAAAAACAAAACAGCGAAAUCUUAGUCCCGAACGUCUGCUUGCACAAAUCCCUCGUUUUAAUCGGGUAAAUGUUUUUAUUUACUCGUAAUUUGCUAAACGGUGUCGUGUCAGUCUGAGUAAAAAAAAAAAAAUUUAAAAGCCCUCGGUGUUUGCGGGUUAACUGUGUGCGAUUAUAAAACAAAUGAAUCUGUUAAUUACCGAAUGUUUUUCUGUGAGAAGUGCAUGUGGAUGCAGGCGAAUCCUCCCGCUGUUAAACUGAUUUAAUUACCGGGAUUCACGGUGCUGACCGCGGCGGUCCAGCCCGAAACCCGCAGGACAGGCUUGCCCGCCGCGCCGGAUCGGCCCGGGACACGGUGCUGUGGGGUAUUUCUUGGCAUGUGCAGGGUUGUUUGUUGUUGUUUUGUGUAGCAGGCGUGUGUAAUUUGUGAUGGUGACCCGUUGUCUUCCCGGGUCAGCGCGUUAUUCGUUAUCAAGCCUUCAGUCCUGAAACACGAAGCGUUGUCUGCAGUGUUAAUGAUGCGUGCGUGGGUUUGUUUCACAGGAGGUCUCGAGUAAGCCCUAUAUCGGUUUAUUAAUGGAAAACAACGAGACACAACCGUCGCGCUUUUUGAUCUUUUACUCAGUGCGGGAAAACCAAAGCCGAUCCCCGCAAUUAAAUAGCUGUCAGUCUGCUUGGUUUGAGCCGGAUUGCUCGCAGUGUCUUUGCACAGGAAUAUAAAUCCGUGUCGCACAGUUGCUUGAACCCCAGGCGUUGUUUGCGUCUGUUGGAAGAGUCGGUCGAGCCCCGAGUCCCGCUUUUAAUUGGAGAGGAGACUCCUGUCCUUAUUUUCGCUGUGCGACAGAAUUGAAUGGCUGGAUUCGAGGUCAAUCCGGUUUAUAUAAAUAUAAAUCCGAUUUUGUGUCAUUUGUCUAUUUCUCUGCAGUUCAGCAUAAGGAGACACGCCCGAGCUGGGUGGAACUGCAACAUGGGUCUACCACACAUCCUGGCUGCUCAUAACCACCUACUGCUGAACAGCACUGCGCUGGGUCCCAGGACAGUGCAGUGUUUAACAGCCCCUUCUCUGUUUCAGGAUUGCAGUCGGCGUCGGACAGUGGAGGACUUCAAUAAGUUCUGCACCUUUGUGCUGGUGUACGCAGGCUACAUCCCCUACCCUGACGAGGAAGCACCGCUCCGGUCGAGCUCCAGCCCUCCGAACAGCACAGGCAGCACAGUGGACAGCGAUGGCUGGGAGCCCCGAUUCACCAGCCUGCCAGCCCAGAGCCGCAAGAGCUUCGGGGGCUUCAAGCGGGGCGCAGGAGGAGGAGGAGGAGGAGGAGGAGGACCCCAAACCAAGAGGUCCAAGUCUGCAGGCUUUAUGCUGGAGAGAAAGAAGGUGGACAAGAUCAAGAAGAAGAAAAAGCUGAAGAGGGGAGAAGAGGAGGAGGAGGUGGGAGAGAAGGAGCCUCUUGUGCCAGAACGCCUCCUACUGGGCAGGGUAAUCAAGCAGGAGCCGCAAGACCACUGCGAGCGCUCGGGGGUGACGAAGGGGAUCGGAGAAGAUCGCCCCAGAGCUGCCACUACUGCUGCUGCUGAUAGCAGCCCCUCCGCACCCACCACCAGAGACUCUAGCCAGGCUGAGACCGUGUCAGAGCUUCAGCUGCAAUACAAAGAGGAGCCCGGCUUGGGCAGCCCCUGCUCGCUGUACCCCGGCUUCAGGGGGCAGGACACAGGGGAGGAGGAGGAGGAGGAGGAGGAGGAGGAGGAGGAGGCGACGACGACGACGACGACGGGGAGGCUAAAGAGAGAAGCAGCAGCUCCCGGGAAGAGGACUGUGAUCCGACAGGGAAAGCAGGUGGUGUUCCGGGAUGAGGACGGGUUCGGGAAUGAUGAGGACAUCAUGGUGGAUUCAGACGACGACUCGUGGAACCUGGUGACGUGUUUCUGCACCAAGCCGUUCGCGGGACGGCCCAUGAUCGAGUGUAACGAGUGCAGCACCUGGAUACACCUGUCCUGCGCCAAGAUCCGCAAGUCCAACGUGCCGGAGGAAUACGUGUGCCAGCGGUGCCGGGACUCCAAAUUCGACAUCCGCCGCUCCAACCGGUCCCGCCUGGGCUCCAGGAAGAGUUACGGAUGGGAAGGUAACAGCACUGGCUUUCAGUGUUCAAGGACUAAAGACUUGUGGAACAGAAACCUGGAAUGUGUGGGUGAGGGGAGGGGGGUACUCUGAGGGGCGGUGAGGGGCAUGGCUGUGUAUUAAAAUGCACUUUGGGAACAAGGAGGGUCUGUUGAAGACGAGAGGAAUGAAAGCACAGCAACUGCACUGAGAGAGGAGCUGUCUCUGGGUCCUGAGAGACUCUCGUACUGAGACACCGAAAUUACAGGAGGACCCGAGAGACGGAGUCCUUCCUCAAGUUACUGCUCUCCACUCUGCGAUUUCAGGACUCUAUAUAUAGACACACACACAAAGUUAUAUGUUGCUUUAAAACAGAAAAGGAAAUAAUGAGGUUUAUUUAUUGGAAGAUGUUUAAAGAAAGAACCUCUCUGUCUCUUUCUCUCUAUCUCUGUCUCUCCUCUUUCUCUGGUUUUGUUUAUUUGUACUGUCGUGUUUUGUUUUUUUCAUUUCAAUGUGGAUUUUGGUGUUGGUGCAUUCUCUCCCUGACCCGGGUGUAAUCGGCUCUGCCCUCGAUCCAGUCUAGGAAUACUGACAGUGGAGUUACAGACCCAUCUCGAAUGUCACAGUUCUGAUUACCUGGCUUAUUUUUUGGGUGAUUUCACACUAAAACAAGGGUGCUGUGUUUUUGUUUUUUUUUUUUUUUUGGGGGGGGGGGUUGUUUUCUAUUAAUAAAGAAGUAUACAAAUAUAUUCUACUUUGAUAAAGAAAAGAAGGUUUUACCAAAGGAAGACACGGCUGAGUGGAAAGAAGCGUCCUGUUGAAUAAACGCAGCCACUGCGUGAUCGCUGCUGGGGGAUGGUUUUUAAUCUGCUCUGCUCGUCUUGCAGGAUGAGCUCCACUAAGGGACUGUGAAAGACAAUUCUGUUUCCGUGAAACGAUUGUAAUGAUUUUGUAAAUAAAGAUCUAACUACUGCUAUUUUAAGCUGAA